AAGUUGAAAAGAUCUCGAAAGAGUGAAGAGCAGGAGAGAAAGCAGGGCGAACUGCGCCACCACCGAUCGCCGGAUUUCAUGUCGACGGAGGAUCGCCGGAGCUACCACCCGGCGCUCGACGGGGUGAUGAAGCUUUUAAGCAAGGCAAAUCGCGAUCUGUCACUCGUCCAACUCCACAUCGAGGGCGAGUUCAGGUCUACCUACCCUGACAACGCAAAUCCGUGCAAGCUGAUUUGUCGGAUGAAGAGGAUUCAGGAAGAUCUGGUUUCGCUGAAAGAUUUAUGUCAAGAGUUGCUUAAGGAGAAGCAGGAUCUAAUGGACCAAAUAAGAGCCUCCCUAUCAGCACAGAGGAGUUCUCUAAACCGGUUGCUCUCAUCAUCCGGCCUUCCACAUAAAACUGAUUCUGAUGAUGCUGCAUAUACAAAUCUAAAUCAGAUAAUUGAUGAGUGGAAGCUUCAAUUAAAAUCAAAGACAGGUGAUGAGAAGGAUUUAGACAAAGAUAUUAAUCUGAUGCUCUUUUCUGCCAUUGUCAAUAACAACUGAUUUUACAAGCUUAAUUAUAAUAUCAAAGUUUCUAUAAGAAUCUUACAUUAAGAUUUUAGAGUUUGUAAUUCAUUUUGGAUUGUUCCAG